CGGCGUGUGUGGCCGGGGCUCCGGGUCUCUUUCCUGGGAUCUGUGCGGACCCCAUGGAAGCACCAGCGGAGCACUUUCCCUGAGCUCCCCUCAGUCAGAGUUCCUGACCACAGAGUGUUCAUCGUUCAGCGAGUGCUCACUGUGCGCCCUGUCGUGUUCUACGUGCUUUCGUGCAUUAGCUCGUUGGACCCUCCCAGCGAUCCCAUGAAGUAACGUCAACAGCUACACUGAGUUUCUUGAAGUCAGAACAUUGUUUCUGGUUCCUAAAUAGUGCUGGGUAUGGGGCAGACAGACGAUGAAUCACAUGUGGUCCUCGCCUGCAAGGAGCCCCUACAAGCGGGGGAAGCCCUUAGAAGAUCAUAGCACAGGUGCAAAGACUCUUGGAAGUGCAACGCCCAGAAAACCUGUCUUAUCUGUCAGUGCAAGGAAAAUUAAGGACAAUGCAGCCGAUUGGCAUAAUUUAAUCCUGAAAUGGGAAACCCUCAGUGAUAGAGGUUUUGCUACUGCAAAUAAUAUUGCCAACAUGAAAAUCAGUUUAUUGAGCAAAGACAAGAUAGAAUUAGAGAGCAGCAGCCUGGCUUCUGAUGAAAAUGCAGACAAGGAGCACCCAGAAUACAGCAGGGAGCUCGAGAUGCUGUGUGAAGAGCUGCAGGCCACCCUGGAUGGUUUGACCAAAAUACAGAUGAAAAUGGAAAAGCUGUCUUCCACUACCAAGGGAGUUUGUGAACUAGAAGAUUACCAUUACAGGGAGGAGAGAAAACGGCCCCCCCUGUUCCACACGUGGCCCACAGCCUAUUUUUACGAGAUCUCCCGCAAGCUCUCCGACAUGUACGGCCGGGAGCUCCGCCUGAAGCGCACCGUCGUGGAGCAGCUGGCACACACAGCCGACCGCGACCUCGCCCUGAGCUACCUGUCCAUGUGGCUGCACCAGCCCUACGUGGAGGGCGACAGCAGGCUGCUUCUGGAAAGCAUGCUGCUCGAAACUGGGCACAGGGCACUGUGACCUCCCACUGCGGCUCUGCGCGCCUCCGGGCUCUGGACCUCUGCUUCUGCAGCUCACACGGCUGACAGCCUUUCGGGUGGGCCCCGUGCGGCACCCUGGGAUCACGCGACUGUGCCGGGCCCCGGCAUCACCCCCACCUGUGGCAUCCUGGGAACACGGCCCCGUUCCGCCUCCCGGCAUCACACCACCCUGACCUUAGGGUUUUCCAGACUGGAUCAUUUCACCAGCUCUCUGCGGCCUCUCCAGACACAUUUAUUACUUCUGCCUGCCGUCCACCACUCAGCGUCAUUUGCACCUAUUGUGAAUGUCACCUGUGAAGACUUCUGCGUGAAAUAAAUGAGUUCAUCAACAGAAUGACUGAGUGAUCUUGUUUAUGUAAAUUAGGUGUAGUUUACAUAGAUUACAUUUGUGUAGAAAAUCCAUAGUUUAAUAUUUUUAGGUAUUGUUUAAAUUGUAGGACUAUUAGUUUUAUAAUUACAGCUAAUGUUUAAAAUACCAUAGAGUUCACCGAGUGAAACAUCAUGGAAAUGAAAACUAGCUACCACAAGAUUGCCCCUAUUUUUGUACUGAGAAUGUGAUAGGACAAAUGAAAGUGACUUCCA